UAGGACCAUAAAUAUUUCAAACUUGGUCAUACUGUAUUACAUAUUGCAAUUCCGGCCAUUUAUAUAAUAAAUAAUGAUACGCGGUGUUAUUUUAAAAUUAAGAGACACAGGCCUAAUGAGGCUAAGUGGUUCCAUUGCUGUUCAAGUCCGCGGUAAGGGCCAUUUAAAUCGUCCUCGAAUUAAAAAUCCCCACUGGUUUCUGCGCCAAAAACUCUCAAAUAUCGGAGGAUCAAUAACAUCGGAAAACAAAGUUUUUAUAAAUCAAUUGGUACGCGACAACUAUAGCGAACCAGAUGUUUUCCAAAACUUUAAUAUUGAUGAACAAAAUUUGAUGAAUGCAGAAGCGUCUUUUAGUCCUAGUAUCGUGAAUUCUCAAAACAGAAGAUGUGGAACGAUAGCACGUAAAAUCGGAGAGUAUCCACUCUGGCUUAAUAACGGCGAAAAGAUACGUACCACGUUGUUGCAGAUUAUGGACAAUCAUAUUAUAAGCUACAUUCCACCGGAAAAAUAUUCACCAGCUCAUUUUCCAAAUGUGCACAAUUUUAAUAAAUUUGGUUGCCUUCUUGUUGGAGCCGGCAAUGUAAAUCCUGUUUGGCUAACAAAAGAAUACUCUGGUAUAUUUCAAGAAUCUAAAGUGAUGCCGAAAAAAAUUUUAGCACGAUUUUUAGUAUCACCGGAGGCAGCCUUACAGCCAGGAACGGUUUUGAAUGUCAAUCAUUACCGCGUUGGUGAAUUCGUCGAUGUUCGUGGCAAAACUGUUGAUUAUGGAUUUCAAGGUGUCGUAAAGCGAUUUGGUUUUAAAGGAAUGCCUGCAUCCCAUGGUGUUACCAAGACACAUCGUCGAGCAGGCAACAUAGGUGGAGGAGGUGAAAAGGGUCGUGUUUGGCCAGGAACAAAGAUGCCUGGACAUAUGGGUAAUCGAUGGCGUAUAAACAAAGGAUUACAAGUGUUGCGCACGAAUUUAAAGUACAACGUGAUUUGGGUUCAGGGCAGUGCUGUACCCGGAGCCACCGGUGGCAUUGUGUAUUUAUAUGAUACAAUUUUGCCGCACCGUAAAAAUAAAAUUUCACCGAUACCUUCAACAUGUUAUGAAAUUAAUGAUAAUGGUACAGCUGAUAAAUGGGGUGAAAAAUUGCAUAACUUUAAAGACAUAAGCGUGUUAUUUAAAAACGAAUAAACUUAAAAAUAAUAAAUUUGCAUUGAAUCAUAAACAUAAA